CGGGAUGCCAACCAUCGAGAUUACUAUCUAUAUAAGAUAUUGCAGUAUAAGUCUUACUAUCUUGUCUUUAUUAAUGAGUCAGGCUAUAAUGCAAGGGCUGGAUAUAGACAUUAGAGGUAGUCUUCGAAGUGAUUCUCCCCAUUCCAGGUUACAAAGUUCGGUGGUGAAAAAGAUGGCACAUUCUUCCAGCAUACCGCAAGAUAGUAUUAUGCUAAGGCGAGUAUACCAAGGAUCAACAGACAGUGAUAUGUUUGAGAACUUUAUUGCCCAGUUGCUGCAUUACUGUGGCAGAUAUCCGGAGCCAAAAUCUGUAAUUGUUAUGGACAACGCUUGAACAACUCUCCGCACAACACCGCCUCCAAGUGGCCAUCAUUCUGCAUCUGCCACUC